CGCCAGUUGCGUCUGCACAAACAACCGCCGUACUCGUCGGACGAACGUUGUGCGUCGUGUCGUCUCCGCUGCGUACGCUCUAACAAACGCUAUCCUGGUUUCGCUAUUAUUAUUAUUAUGGUUGUUGUAGUCGUGUGUGUGUGAGUGAGCGUAGCGUCGAGCCCGAUCGCGCGCGCGCGUCGUGAGUGAGAGUGCGAGCGAGAACGACUGAGUGCUAGUGACGUCGGUGCGAGCGCGAGCGACGCCGACCGCUGCGAGUGCGCGCGCCGUAUAGAACGCGGUCGUACGAAAAUGGCGUCAUCGUCGCGCGACAGCGAGCCCGGGAAAACUAUGUCGUCGCACCACCACAAAUAUUCGUCGAGAAUCAGAACACGCAAAGAAAAGAAAACAUAUUCAGAAGACUGGGCAUAUGGCGACGAAGAAGAAAUUGAAGGUGUACGAUCCUUUAGUUUACAAGAAAAGCUUGACUCCACACGUUAUUUAAAUCACAACUUUACUAAACAGAUGGAUGGAAAAGACUUUACAAUUUCAUACCUUCAAAAACAUGGUUUCAUAAUACCAUUAUUAUUUAAGGAUAAAACUGGUCUUGGAUUACAUGUCCCAAGCCCUAAUUUUUCUGUGAAUGACGUUCGCACAUGUGUUGGUUCGAGAAGAAUGUUAGAUGUAAUGGAUGUUAACACACAAAAGAAUUUUGAAAUGACUAUGAAAGAAUGGACUAAGUAUUAUGAAGAGCCAGUGAAAGAUAAACUUCUAAAUGUGAUUUCACUUGAAUUCAGUCACACAAAGCUAGAAAACUACAUUAAGCGUCCAAAUAUUGUUCGAGAAUUGGAUUGGGUGGAUUGUGUUUGGCCUAAACAUUUAAAAGAGAGUCAAACAGAAUCAACAAAUGUCAUAGAUGAUAUGAUGUAUCCGAAAGUUCAAAAGUAUUGUUUGAUGUCUGUUAAAGGCUGUUAUACUGAUUUUCAUAUUGAUUUUGGUGGCACAUCCGUUUGGUAUCAUAUACUUAAAGGAAGCAAGGUUUUUUGGUUAAUACCACCAACCGAACAAAACAUAAAACUGUAUGAACAAUGGAUACUAUCUGGUAAACAAGGUGACAUAUUUUUUGGAGAUACAGUUGAACAAUGUGGACGAGUAUCAUUGAAUGCUGGGGAUACAUUCUUCAUACCUACUGGUUGGAUUCAUGCCGUUUAUACUCCCAAAGACUCAUUAGUAUUCGGAGGCAAUUUUUUGCACUCUUUUGGUAUUGAAAAACAGCUUCGUGUUGCAGAAGUAGAAGAAUCCACCAAGGUACCUCAAAAGUUUAGAUAUCCAUUUUUUACUGAAAUGCUUUGGUAUGUUCUGGAGCGUUAUGUGUAUUGUGAUUUAGGUAAAUCUCAUCUUUCAGAAGGUGUUGAGACUUCACCUUCACCAGUUGAGCAUAUACAUUUCACUAAACAGGAGCUUCAUGGCAUAAAAGCAAUAGUAAAAUAUCUGCAUAUUUUGCCUCCAAAUAAAAAAAAUGUUCCUCCUCUGAUCAAAGAUGCUAUUGAGUUGAUAAGAAAUGUGGCGAUUGUGAUAAAUAAACAUAAGAAUGAUAUACCUGAAUAUGCUAUAAGUGGAAAGCCGAUUCUUAAAAUUCAAGGAGACAAGGAAAGGGAAAGGAGGUUUUACAAGACAGCUGGUGAUAUGAACGCCAAAGUAAAAAUUUCACGAAAAACAGCUUCUGGCACAGGAGGGCCCAGAAGAAGACGCACAAGAUGUAAAAAAUGUGAAGCUUGUAAACAAGCAGAUUGUGGAGAAUGUUCAUUUUGCAGAGACAUGGUUAAGUUUGGUGGACCUGGUCGUGCUAAACAAACUUGUGUGAUGCGUCAAUGCUUGCAGCCCAUGUUACCAAUAACUGCUGCUUGCGGAAUUUGUUCAUUAGACGGCUGGGGUCAACAAAUUAUUAUUCCUAUACAGAAAGCCGCCAAAGAUACUCCUAGUCAACUUAUGGAGUGUAGUGUGUGCUUUGAAAUUGUACAUCCUGAUUGCUUAUUAAAACAACCUAUAUAUACUAAUAAUGGUACUUAUAAUGAAGAUCUACCUAAUAGCUGGGAGUGUCCCAAAUGUUGUAAAGAAGGGAAGGAAAGCAAGCCUCGUCAUUUUCGUGCUAGACAAAAAUCGUCAGAUAUCCGUAGAACUUCUGUCAGUAGCAACGACACUAAUCCGCAAAAACGUUUUAAAGAUGAAGAAGAAUACAGUGAUACAAAUUCUGAAAGUGAUGCAGACAACGUUUCUAAUAAAAGACUGAAAAUUGAGAAAAAAGAAAACUUAUCCACAGAACGAUCACCACCUUUGCCAUCAACGAGAUGGAUGGAAGAGCAUUCUAUGAAAAUGUUAAAUCGUUCUGUCAAAGUCGAGGAGGCCCACAUGUCAACGUACAACAACACCACCACCACCACAACCACAACCACAACCACCAACAUAACCGCCACUUCCACGCCCGCCGCCACCGUCGUCGCCACCCCGUCAAUUGCGGAGCCGCCGCCAACUCCACCGCCACAGGCGUCGCGCAAGAUCGAUUUACGCAAGCAGCUGGCCAGCCAACUGUCUGGCGGCUCGGGCAAACACUGCAAUGUGCUUAAGAAACAGUCUUAUGUGUCGAAACCGGUCAAAAGUGGCGGCCAUAAGUCUCAGUCUGGCGGACAGAAGUCUCAGGUCGGCGGGCAGUCUCAAGGCGGCGGGAACGUAAACGGCUACCAGCAGCACAACAAUAACCAUCACAAUCACCACAACAACAGCAACAGUAACCACUGCGGGGACGCGGCGUGCAUGCUGCCGGUGUUCGAGUACCUGACGCCCGCCGAGCUGGCAAAGUGCGCGUUGGUGUGCCGCGCCUGGUCCACGAUGUCCAUGGACCCGUCGCUGUGGCGCAAGCUGGACGUGACCGGCAAGCGGCUGACAGCGUCGUGUUUGGCUGGCGUGGUGAAGCGGCAACCCGAGGUGCUUCUGAUGGACUGGACGGCAAUCGCCAAGCGGCAGCUAGAGUGGAUGAUCGCCAAGCUGACACGACUCAAGGUUCUGUCGCUGCAGGGCUGCUCGUGGAGCGGUGUGACUGCGCUACGGAGCAGCAGUGUGGUGCCGCCGUCGUUGACCGAGCUCGAUCUGAGUUACGUGACCGGCAUGACGGACGCUUCGCUCCGCGACGUACUGUCACCGCCGUCCGACUCGCGGUCGUCGUCCAACGACAACACCAACCGGGCCCGGUUCCGGAACCUGCGCACACUGAAACUGGCCGGCGUGGACAUUGGCGACGUGUCGCUCCGGUACGUGGUACAGUACGCGCCCAGCCUGGUCGAGCUGGACUUGUCGCAGAACUACCGGAUCACUGACGCCGGGAUCGCGCAGCUCACUACACCCGUCGGCAGUGCCGUGUCCACGCUCGAAGUGCUCGACCUGUCCGGUUGCGUGGCCGUCACUGACGCUUCGCUCGACCACCUGCACAAGUGCACUGCCCUCCGCCGGUUGGACUUGAAACAGACGCCCAAGAUCACUUUGGUGGCCAUCAACAAGUUCCUCGUGGCCAACGAUCGGUUCUCGGCCACCGAUACCCGACUGCUGAUCAGGUCGCCCACACCUCCGUCGCCGACCACGUCGACCGGAAGACGCGAUUCGACGGGCAGCAGUAGUUAAGAGUGCCGCGCGCAGGAGUUGUAGUGCGUCCGUCGAUUUAGUCGUUACAAUAUUAUUGUUAAGUGCGGAUGUCGCGUCAACAGUGUGCGACCGUCGGAACCAUCGCCGAGCGACAACUACGACAACGACGGACGAACGCUCCGGCAUUAGUAGCAGUAAUAAUGUAUAAUUGUAUAUUUUUUACAGCGAGUUUUUUCUAAUAAUUAUAUAUUAUGUUGUCAUUUUUUUUUCUUCCCAACACGCGAAAAUGGGAAAUUCAUUUUGUUUUCCGUAUGAUAUAUAUAAAUGUAUUCAUGGUUUAUUAUUUUUUUUUUAUUCCGGUAUAGUAUUACUCGGGUUGUACACGGACCCGGUCGUGCCGAGGUGUUUGGCCUGCCAAACUCGCGGUCGACCGGUCACGGGUUUGUAAGGAAUUUUUUUUUACUUGGCUUACGUAAUGGCUACGUAUAGUAUGUAAAUACGACGUUUGUCGUCGAAAGACAAUCUCUUCACGGGUUCAUGCUCAGUUCAUUUACAAUAUUAUUCUACUUCCGACUAACGUAGACCUUUGGAAUUUGUAUUUUUUUUUCUACGUUCAUCUAAACGUCAUCACAAUUUUACUUAAUUAUUAUUUUUAUUAUUUAUAAACCAUAAAAUUUGAAAAAAAAAAGACUGAAGUUUUGUUUGUAUUACCGUUAGUUUUAUAAGUAUUAUAUUAUAUUAUGCAAUCAAACUCGUGUUGCGACUGUGUCCAUGAAGGACACUAGUGAACCGACGGAUGCAAGUUGGUUAAAAAACUAAGCAAAAUUUAUCAAUAUUCGACACUUUUUUAACGCCGUGUAACAGAGUGAUGUUAGGUGUGUUUUUUUUUUGUAUUUAAAUUAUAAAAUUAUCGGACUGUGUUUAUUAUUAUUUUUUUUUUUGUAUUAUUGUAUUAUGAAUAAACUAUCCAUGUGUAUGAAAUUUACUCGACAUUUUUUUCUGUCCGUUCUCGUUUAAUUACUUGUCUAAAUAUCGUUUGAAAUAACUCUUAAUCACGUUCUCCUACAUCAAUUCAAAUACAGUCUUAAAUCGUCCCUAUAUCCUACCAUUAAACAGAACUCGCGUUAGGUAAAUGCCUUAUUUCUGUAUUGGCUAGCACAUAAAUCUAUUAUAUACGUAAUUGGUGGUGGUUGUGUAUAAUAUGUACAUAUAUAUAUAUAUUAAUGAUUUAAAAUUAUUUCUCGUAGCAUUUGCUCCAACCGUCAAACACGUGACUCCUAAAUAUAAUAUAGUCAUGACACUGGAUUUAGGAGUGUCCUUAUAUUUACAACUAUAAACUCAUCAUUCUGAUAAAUUGAUAUCCUUAAACCGUGAUCUCGGCGAAAACUAUAUUCGUAGUAUAACUCGUAGGUUUUGAAGAGGGAAAAGGAAUAGAUAGAGUGAGCUUGGUGGCGUUGCGUUUCCAUCGAAAUUGAUUAUCAAAUACUAUUUUGGAAUUAGAGAAGUCCGACUAUCCGUUGAUUGUGAAUUGCCGCCGAAUUAUAGCUGAGAACUUUUUUAACUUUCGUCCAAAGUACGGUUUGGGGAUACAUGACGGUGGACGUUAUCGAUUCGUCUUUUCGUUGUCUGUACAAACGGCCAGUGAAAUAUCGACCAGAAAACGUUGGUUAGCUGUAAUUAACACAAUGUGUUUUUCUAUUCUAAAUAUUCGGAAUUAAUUGGUCGCCAG